CUUAAUCCCGAGGUCGGACAAAAUGCUUAGACACAGGGUUUAUGUAUCAUACAAAAGUACACUUGAAAAUACAUUUGGAAAGUUUCUGAAUGGCUUUUAAGUCAUCAUAAAUCCGCCGUUGGAUUUCAUAACCUUGGCACUGCCUGUUGUUGGGUUGCGGAGAAAAUUUAGCUGUGGACCAUCUCUUGCGGAGAAAGUGAACAGGAGACGCGCUUGCGCCGCGAUCAGACACCGACACCGAGCGGCGACCGCAGUCAUCUCAUCACGCCUUUGGGUGGAGUGGUGCUCGGCGCGUUUGUCGCGUUGCCAGUCGAACCACAUCGGAGAGAACCGUGGAGCUCCACGCUAUGAGCAGCGAUGGCGGAACCCGCGGCAUCGGACACGGCAGCGACGGAGGCAGCAUCCCCGCCCCGCACCCCGGCCCUUUCUCCGGCGGCGAGCCUGGGCUCCGAGCCGCCGUCUGCGGCGCUCUCGCCGUCCGCAGGAGGCACUCAGCGGCUCCUGUUCUCGCACGACCUGGUCUCCGGUGCCCAUCGUGGCUCGUUGCGCUUCGGCCUCGUACGGAUGAUUCACGGUGAGGAGGACUUUGAGGACUCGGAUACGGACGUGGACGGCGACGGCAGAGGCGGCGGGGGAGGAGAAGGCGGCGGCGGCGGCGGCGGCGGUAACUCGGACGCGGAGAGCGGGGCGGCGGACUCACGGACAUGGCCCCUCGGAAGGGGCUUCGUGCGAGUGCAGUGGUACCCCGAGGGGACGAAGCAAGAUGUCCGGGAAACGAAGCUGAAACUUGAAGAUCGAUCCAUUGUGCCUAGAGACUUUGUGCGCAGAAUGAAUUCAAACGACAAGCAGUGCGGCAUCGUGACCAAUAUCAACACAGAAUGCGCCGUGAAGCUGGUCGGGACCAACUGCUGCCUUUACCCUGUAAACAGCCGAGACCUGCAGCACAUCUGGUCCUUCAUGUAUGGCGACUACAUCGUCUACGACUUCUGGCUGGGGAAGGUUUACGACCUCAGCAAUCACAUCGUCCUGAAGCUGUCCAACGGCGCACGGUGUUCCAUGAGCGAAGAAGACGGCGCCAAACUCUACGAUGUUUACCCGCACGUCAGCGACGCGGGGCUGUUCUUCGACGAGGCGUACGGGUUCUACCCGGGUCAGGUCCUGAUUGGGCCGGCUAAGGUCUUUUCCAGCGUGCAGUGGCUGUAUGGGGUGAAGCCCGUUCUCAGCAAGAAGAGCAAGUUCCGUGUGGUGGUGGAGGAGGUCCAGGUGGCGGAGCUCAAGGUGACGUGGAUUACGAAGAGUUACUCCCCGCAAGGCUCCGAUAGCGUCUUCCCCCCACCCUCCACCAUUACACAGGAGAACCUCUGCAGAGUGAAGCGCCUCGGCUACUUCGACCACACACAGCGGCAGCUGGGUGAGAGGGCGCUGUAUGUGUUUCCGGCUAAGGGCGACGCCACCCGCAUCACCUGCGAGGGGCCGGAGGGGUCGCCCGUCCUGCCUGAGGACCCCGUGAUCCGCAAGGUGAAGCGGAUGUUCAAGAAGCACCCCGGGAAGAAGGUGACGGAGAACACGGAGCCGCAUUCCAACAGCAUACACCCUCCGGGGAGGGUGGAGGAGGCAGCAGGCACAGGUACCGCGCACGGACAGACGCAGACGGAUCCGUCGCAACGGUUCUUGGGAAGUCAGUCGACGGCUAACGCAGAGCCCUGGCACGACAGCGCAGACGACGAGCCCUUCUCACGGUGUCCCAACAACGGGCCCGUGCCCCGGCCGCCCGAUGACGGGCCCCAGGUCCAGUGGCCCCACGUCGGGGAGCUAGAGUCGGAUGAGGAGCCAGUGGAGGACACGGACGACACCAGCUCCAUCACGUCCUCGGCCAGCUCCACGGCUUCGCUCCACAGCGCCCCCAGCAGGAGGAAGAGCAUCCCGCUCUCCAUCCGGAACCUGAAGAGGAAGCACAAGAAGAAGAAGACCAAGUUCUCCCGCGAGUUCAAACCGGGAGACAGGGUGGCCGUCGAGGUGGUUUCCACAGUUACCUCGGCCGACGUCAUGUGGAAGGACGGCAGGCUGGAGACGGGAAUCCGCUCCAACGACCUCAUCCCGAUCCAGCACUUGGACAACCAUGAAUUCUGCCCCGGAGACUACGUGGUGGACAAACGCACUCAAGCCACGCAAGACCCGGGCGUGUACGGCGUCAUACAGUCAGGCGACCACAAAGCCCGGACCUGUGCCGUCAAGUGGAUUAAGCUCAGUGCAGCGGGCGACGACGUGGAGCAGGUGAUCGGCGCCGAGGAGGACGUCAGCGUUUAUGACAUCGCCGAUCACCCUGACUUCCACUUCCACACGACAGACAUUGUGAUCAGGAUUGGCAACUCGGACUCCGAGGACUUCAGCAACGAAAGGACUGUGGGUCAGGUCUGCAGAGUGGACGUCAGCAGCAAGGUGGAGGUGGUCUGGGCUGACAACUCAAAAUCUGUCGUCCUGCCCCAGCACCUGUACAAUGUGGAGUCAGAGAUCGAGGAGACGUAUUACGACUCGGCGGAGGGCAGCACCAGCGGCGCCUCCUCCGAGGAGUGGGAGGAUGAGAGCGACAGCUGGGAGACCGACAACGGGCAGGCAGAGGAGGAGGCGCCGGUGGCCUCGCCCGCAGAUGGAGAAGACCCCGGCCCUGGGGCAGUGGAAGGCGUGCCCCCAACGCCUGGUGCCCUCCCCAUUGUCACAGCUAGCACCGACGCGCAGGGCGGGCCCACCACGCCGGACCCGCCUGCAGGUGGAGGCGCGCCCGUGACCGAGGAGAAGCCGGCUAAGGAGACACCGCGGCUGGCCUUUCGUGAGCUCAAGGAGGCCCUGAAGAUCCUGGAGAGCCUGAAGAACAUGACAGUGGAGCAGCUGUGGACGGGCUCCCCCACGUCGCCCACCGCGGAGCCGUCGGCGGCCACGGCUGUCCCUGCGCCACCCGACGCCAAGCCCACCAAGGAGAAGCGCUUCCUGGACGACAUCAAGAAGCUGCAGGAGAACCUGAAGAAGACGCUGGACAACGUGGCCAUCGUGGAGGAGGAGAAGAUGGAGGCGUCGGCGGCGGAGGAAGAACGGGUGGCGGCCCCCACCGAGCCCCAGACGCCCGUGCGCUCCGAGUGGCCCAGCGACACGCCCGUCCUGUGCCAGCAGAGCGGGGGCAAACCUGGCGUCACCUUCACCAGCGCCAAGGGCGAGGUCUUCUCAGUGCUGGAGUGGGCACCAGACACACACUCCUUUAAGAAGAUGGAGUUCCAGCCAGCCGAGGCCAAGAAGUUCUUCAGCACGGUGAGGAAGGAGAUGGCCCUUCUGGCCACAUCGCUGCCGGACGGCAUCAUGGUGAAGACCUUCGAGGACCGCAUGGACCUGUUCUCUGCACUAAUCAAGGGGCCCACGCGUACGCCCUACGAGGACGGCCUCUUCCUGUUCGACAUCCAGCUCCCCAACAUCUACCCUGCCGUGCCGCCCCUCUUCCGCUACCUGUCACAGUGCAGCGGGAGGCUCAACCCCAACCUCUACGACAACGGCAAGGUGUGCGUCAGCCUGCUGGGUACCUGGAUCGGCAAGGGAACUGAGCGGUGGACCAGCAAGUCCAGUCUCCUGCAGGUGCUGAUCUCCAUCCAAGGUCUGAUCCUGGUCAAUGAGCCGUACUAUAAUGAGGCAGGCUUCGACAGCGACCGCGGCCUGCAGGAGGGUUAUGAGAACAGCCGCUGCUACAACGAGAUGGCACUGAUCAAGAUGGUGCAGUCCAUGACGCAGCUGCUCCAGCAGCCGGCAGAGGUCUUCCAGCAGGAGAUCCGCGAGCACUUUGCCACCGGUGGGUGGAGGCUCGUGCACCGCCUGGAGGGCUGGCUGGAGCUGGACGGCUCGGUGGGGGUGGAGCGGGGCCCGCGCCCGGCGGGCGGCCUCCGGGUGGAGCCGCUGGACGAGGUGCCCCAGGCGCUGGCCCACAGCAGCCCGAGCAGGGUGGAGGAGGAGCUGGAGGACUCGGGCCUUGGCACCUCCACCACGGGGAGCGAGGGGCACAGCGGCGGCGGGCUUCCUGGCCCUGCCGCGCGCCAGGACCAGAGCCAGAGCUCCGACUGCGAGGCGGGUGCGGGGCCGGCCGAGAGCUCAGGCUUCGGGGUCCCUCUGCUGCCCCAAGGAGGGAAAACGGUGCCGGAACCCCAGCCGCCCGCCGUCAGACCAAAGAAACGCAGGAAGAGCUACCGCAGCUUCCUCCCGGAGAGGAGCGGCUACCCCGACAUCGGGUUCCCGCUCUUCCCACUGUCCAAGGGCUUCGUGAAGAGCGUGCGAGGCGUCCUGCUGCAGUACCGCGCUGCGCUGGCUGCUGCCGGCCUCCCCAAGUGCACCGACGACAAAUAAGCCCUCUAUCGUUCGGUCCCACACCAUGACCCCCCCCGCCCCCACCCAGAGCUGCACUCAACCCCUUUAAUCCCCUCCGGCCAAUAGCAAGGUCAAGGCCACGCCCACUCUGCUACACUCCCUCUGCUAGCCGAUUAUGUCUCGUCUUUAUAGAUGGACUGUUACCCAGCAGCCUUUGCAAAAUGUUUUGUUGGUUUGCGUGUUAAUUUUUUUUUGUUGCCGAUGCGUGAGGAUUCCAGUUCCUUUCGCUUCCUCUAGCGGCGGAACGCUGGAAAACUUUAGCUUCCGGGGCAUCUCCGCCUUUGUGGCCCGUCCUGCCCCCGACACCUUCCCACCACACCCCCCGAGCCACCCUGCUGUUGCCACGACAGCGACGCCUUCAUCGCUCUGGUCUCUCAGGGAGAUGUACACGCCUGAAACACUCAGAGGAUGAAGACGCUGGUGGUGGAGACGACGAUGGCGAUGAUUCUCGUUUUUGUUUUCCUGAGCAUGAGUAUGACGUCCCGCGUGAGAGCUAUGUCCGGGAGGACGGCUGGAUCUGUUGUGCCAGGGAUCGCUUGCAGGUGCCAUCCUCACCGUGACCAAACUGCCGCGGAACACACACGGACUGCACGGAGCCGGGGUUGCCCCCGGUGACUUUGCCAACUGCCGGCCUUCGAAACACUGGGGUGUUCCCUUGUCAUGACCAGAUGCACCCAGGGCUGAUCGUAGUCCCGUUCUCACUGGAGAAACUACAUCUCCCAGCAUGACGC